CCCUCUAGCCAUCUAUCAGCUGCCUCUCUGUGGGCUAAAGCCAGGUAGGAGAGUAGAAAGACAGGCUGGGUGUAUACUGCAGCACAGUGGAGCACAGAGUUCCUACGUGUGAGAGUCGAUUUACAUAGUCAGUGCAAAUACAGUGUGGAGUAGAGAGGAGCUCAGUGGGAGUGGGAGAGACGUUUAACCACUCCAGACCAUGAACAUGGAGCGCCGGAGGUUCUCCCUCGACAGCUCAGUGUCCCUGGAGAAUGGUGGUGGAGGAGGUAGUCUGGGCCUUAGGAGAGGCAGCCGCAGUAAGAAGAGCAAAGAGAAGUGGAAGAGUCUAGAGGAGGCCCAGCUGGAGAUCCAGGAGCUGGGACACAGCCUGAACAGGAGCAACUCUCUCAGGUCAGAGACCAUAGAGGAGGAGAGCUUCCACCGGCCUGAUGGCGCCGUUGCCAAAAAUAGUUUUGUGAAAUACAACAAAACCUUCCACAAACUCUUCCGAGACAUUCCUACAGAGGAGAAACUAACUCACGUGUUCACCUGUGCCCUGCAGAAGGAGGUGUUGUAUCAUGGGAAGCUAUUUGUGUCUGUCAACUACAUAUGUUUUUACUCCUCCGUACUCCUCAAGGACACCAAGGUUGAGGUCCAUGUGUCCAGCGUAAAGGAAGUGAAGAAGCAGAACUCAGCCCUGUCUAUGCUCUCCAUCCGUACUACUGAUGGAAACAAGUAUUCGUUUGUGUCUUUGCGGAACCGGAGAAUGUGUUACGAAAUCCUGCAGUUUGUGUGUUCACAAGCACAGCUGGGGGAGCAGGUGGAGAGUGGCAACAGCAGUCCCCACUUCUCAGGAGAGAACAGCGUUGAUGGCGUGGAUCGGGACAUAGACACAAUCUCCAGCAAUUCCAGCCGGGAGGACAGUGUGGAGCGGAGCCUUCCUAUAGAGGCCGUCUACUCUGACCUGCCCAGCAGCGCUGACUCGUGGGUUUGGAUCGUCACUGAAAGGGUUAAAACCCUCCUCCUUAUCAGAGAUAUGCGCAACCUCAAUGUCCUCCUAUCCAUCUGUCUGUUUCUGGCGGUGUUGCUACUACUGUCGUCGGGGUACAUCGGUUUGCGGAUCGUAGCUCUGGAGGAGCAGCUGAGUUCUCUAGGAGCCCUGCCGGAGUUCUCCAUUCACCUCAGAGAGGAACAGGAAACAGCCUGAAGAGACCUACAGCCAGGGAGGAUUGGCCAUUUGGAUAUUCUGGCAAAUACCAGACGGGCUGAACCAUUUUUUGUUGGGUGGGCUGGUCGAAAAUUGACACUUUUUUUUUUAAACAUAGAAAAAGUGACAUGGCCGGCGGGCCAUAAGCUUGUUAAGAUAGAAAUUGUAAAAAAAAUUAAAUAAAAAUGUCUGUUAUACUAAUAUGCCCUGAGUAUACAAAACAUCAAGGUUUCUGCUAGGCUGAGGUCACACAAACUCACAUUGAAAGUCAAACACAGCAUCAGCAAAGAUGACCUGCUUCAACUCUCAUCAGUUAGACAGCCAAGAUCACGGAUCAUAAAAAAAAUGAAAAGGGUGCCUGUAAACGUAGAAAGAGCAUAUUCUACAUUGUCACCUCACUGAAAAACAUCCUAAUUUUGGGACAGCUAAAGCAAUGAUUUUGCUAAACAGUAAAGUGCAUUAUCCUCAUGAUUCUUAAUGAAAGUGUCUUCCCUCACUGGGGCUUGCUGCUGUGGUGCGCGAGCCACUUUCCUCUCCUUCCAUGCACUCGAGAGAAACAUUUAUUCUGAUCAUAUAACAUUUCAAAAUGAAAUUGCGGGGGGGGAAACACAGCUUUGGAAGCUUCGUCCAAUUGUCCCUGUCGAAGAGAGGAGGGUUUCAGCUUUCUGUAGGUAUAAUCUUUAUUUCUCAACAGCAACUAUUUUAUAAUCAAGACAUUUUAUAUGGCUUUGAGAUAUGGAGCGGAAUGUGCUCAAAACGGGCACGGGCAUAGGCCUAUAGGUUUCAUGGGUAGUAGCCUACAACUGUAAAGUUUUUUAGGACAUUACAUUUACGGUUGGAUGAAUACAUGGCUACUAGCAGUGGGCAUCACAGGCGGCUGGUGGCACCUUAAUUGUGGAAGACGGCUCAUAGUAAUGGCUACAACGGUGUUAAUGGAAUGGGAUCAAACACAUCAAAAACAUUGUUUCCAAGUGCUUGAUACCAUUCCAGCCAUCUUUAUGAGCCAUCCUCCCCUCACUAGCCUCCUGUGGUGGGUAAUAUAUUUUAGUUUGUGAUCUACUUAAUGUGUUUUGAGUUUACACUUCCUCAUGUGUUGAACCACAAAUUAAUUAGCCCAUGAUUUUAGAUAGUGCACAUAAAAGAUGUAAUUCAUCUCUUUGGAACAAAAAAAACUAAUAUGGAAAUUCUGGAGUACUAUUUUGACAGUAAAAUAGCAACUAUAGUCUAAUUGUGAACCCAAAAUUCAUGACAAUUACUGGAUUAGGUUGCACAUCAAAAUAUCUUGAAACAUGCAUUCAUGCUUAGACAUGUUUCUUGAGCUAGUGGCGUGCGCAGUGGUGGGCCGAUGUGAAUAAAAUGACAGGGGCGAAUUCUUGUCCCAGUCCGCCCCUGCCUAUAGUAGCAAGACUAAAUACCAAAGCCACAGUACAACAAACUACAGUAUAUAAAGGCUCUCAAUUAAAAUGUCAUCUCAUGAGCUGGUCAAUUGUUAAUAUAUAUUUGUGGGUCCCCUGAUCAUUUGAGGAGACAGAUCACUAAAACCUCAGUCCUGUCAGAAAUGUGGAAAACCUUGACUUCACACAAAGCAGCUUUUUUAUUUUUCCAGUCAGUCCACUCCUAAAAUCAAUUUGGCUUACUAUUCGUUGGUCUCAGUUUAACUGGUAAUGAAUGUUGUUCUUUGUAAAGGAAUAAUGUAAGUCAGACGUUAUUUUAAUCUGAAAUUUGCUGGCAAAUUAAAUUAUUUAAUGAUAGUGUAAAUUAAUUUCAGAUAACUUUUACUACUUAAUUAAUAGAAUGACUCCAUGGCAUCUGUCAGUGACACUAACAGGCCAGCAGGGGGCACUCAACUAUGAGCAAUAAAACAGAAAUACUGUACACCAUGAUUAGUACUAUCAAUCAGUGUAGUAUACUUUCAAUGUAUACAGGUGUAUUUAAAAUAAGCUACUUCUAAGCCAUUCAAAAAAAUAUUCAACAGUUCUUGAAUGUCUGUAAAUAAAAAUGUAUUGAUAGUUCAUACACAAGGCACUGUAAUUACAGUGGCAAGAAAAAAUAUGUGAACCCUUUGAAGUUACCUGGAUUUCUGCAUACAUUUUACAUAACAUUUGACAACAAUAGACACACAGUGUGCCUAAACUAAUAACACACAAAUUGUAUUUUUCUUGUCUAUAUUGAAUACAUCAUUUAAACAUUCACAGUGUAGGUUGGAAAAAGUAUGUGAACCCCGAGGCUACUGACUUCUCCAAAAGCUAAUUGGAGUCAGGAGUCAACUGACCUGGAGUCCAAUCAAUGACACGAGAUUGGAGAUGUUGGUUAAAGCUAUUGCCCUAUAAAGAUCUCACAAAAUUUGAUUUUGAUAUUCACCAGAAGCAUUGCCUUAUGUGAACCAUGCCUCGAACAAAAGAGAUCUCAGAAGACCAAAGAUUUGUUGACUUGCAUAAAGCUGGAAAGGGUUACAAAAGUAUCUCUAAAAGCCUUGAUGUUCAUCAGUCUACGGUAAGACAAACUCUAUAUAUGGAGAAAGUUCAGCACUGUUGCUACUCUCCCUAGGAGUGGCCGUCCUGCAAAGAUGCCUGCAAGAGCACAGCGCAGAAUGCUCAAUGAGGUUAAGAAGAAUCCUAGAGUGUCAGUUGAAGACUUACAGAAACCUCUGGAAGAUGCUAACAUCUCUGUUGGCGAGUCUACAAUACGUAAAACACUAAACAGGAAUGGUGUUCAAGGGAAGACACCAUGGAAGAAUCCCCAGCUUCUUGCUGCAUGUCUGAAGUUCCUAAAAGUGCACCUGGAUGUUCCACAGUGCUACUGGAAAAAUAUUCUGUGGACAGAUGAAACUACAGUUGUGGUGUUUGGAAGGAACACACAACACUAUGUGUGGAGAAAAAAAAGGCACAGCACACCAACAUCAAAACCUCAUCCCAACUGUAAAGUACGGUGGAAGGAGCAUCAUGGUUUGGGGCUGCUUUGCUGCCUCAGGGCCUGGACAGCUUGCUAUCAGACAGAAAAAUGAAUUCCCAAGUUUAUCAAGACAUUUCGCAGAAGAAUGUAAGGCUAUCUGUCUGCCAAUUGAAGCUCAACAGAAGUUAGGUGAUGCAACAUGACAACAACCUAUUAGACAGAUGUAAAUCAACAACAAUGGCUUGAACAGAAGAAAAUACACCUUCUGGAGUGGCCCAGUCAGAGUCCUGACCUCAACCCGAUUGAGAUGCUGUGGCAUGACCUCAAGAGAGCGGGUCACACCAGACAUCCCAAGAAUACUGUGGAAGUGAAACUGUUCUGUAAAGAUGGUCCACAAUUCCUCCUGACCGUUGUGCAGGUCUGAUCCGCAACUACAGAAAACAUUUGGUUGAGGUUAUUGCUGCCAGAGGGUCAAUCUGUUAUUAAAUUCAAGGGUUCACAUACUUUUUCCAACCUGCACUGUGAAUGCUUACACGGUAUGAUCAUUAAAGAGAUGAAAAAUUAUAAUUGCUUGUUAUUAGUUUAAGCAGACUGCGUUUGUCUAUAGUUGUGACUUGAAGAUCAGAUACAAUUGUAUGACCAAUUUAUGCAGAAAUCCAGGUAACUCUAAAAGGUUCAC